AUGUCACUACUACAUCUGCGUUUACUUUUGCAACAACGCCUGAUAAACAAAAGACUUAUUGCUACCACCACAAAGUUAUGCAGCAGCAACAACAGCAGUAACAACUACAAUACAUUCAUUUCGAAAACAUCAAACACCGAAUCAAAGCCUUCAUCAUCCAACCGAUUUCAAGAGCACUACUCCCACCGGAAUAAUCGUUACAGACCAGUACGCAACAACCACUCGCAUCAUAAUCGCCGAGACAAGCCUUUGAAAACUCACACUAAUGACACAUUUGAUCUACAAAAGAUUUUCAACACUGGCUCCGAGACUGCUCAAAAUGCAUUGAAAUCGAUCCUUUCUCGGAUUCAUCAACUACAACCAUUGAAUCAACAAGUACAAUACGUGUCUCCAACACAGGGGCUAAUUACGUGUUCCAUUCAGCAAGUUCUCGAAGGGUUGGACUUGAGUAUUCACGGACUCCAAUUGAUUGAAAGAGAAGCUAGCAACAACAACAACAACAAACACAGCAGUGCAUCAGCAUCAGCAUCCACAACUGGCUCUAUUCCAUUGAUCAAAAGAAUCAAGAUCCAAGAAAUGCUCAAAUCGUACAACGAUGAACUAGCGGAAGCCAAAGAAUUGGAACUACUUACCAUGGGAUCCAAAAAAACCAUUAAAGCCUUAGACAACAAGUUACGUGCUAAGCAAAAGAAAUCAAGUGAGAAACAGAUCAUGAUUAAAUGGUCCAUCAGUUUGAAUGACUUGACUAAUCAAAAGAAAGUGGAAAUCGAUAAUCGUUUACGUAAGGAAAAGUCGAAAAUUGUCAUUUAUUUGAUCCAUAAUAAAAAGUCACCCAAUUUGAAAAUCACCGAUAUUUUCAGAAACAACAACUCUGAUGAAUCAGUGGAUGAGAUGAUGGAAAUAGAGUUGAAAAGAAGGGACAAAGUGAAGCUGUCGUUGGAAGAGAUUUUGAAUUCGUUGGACUGUAAGUGGACAAUGGAAGGUGAUGUUGAAAGCAAGGUUGUUUAUUCAAUUACGCCCACUGCACUGCUGCCUGUAAAGGAGACAGUAGAGAAACUGCAAGUGGAUGAAGUGGCAAAGAGCCAGAAGAAGAAAAAACCCAGAACUAACGAAGUAAAGUCCAAACUGAAAGCAGAAGACGAAGAAGAUCUUGAUGCAUUAUACCUGUUCAAAAUCGAGGAUUAA